CGUCAGCAGCAUUGGCCACUGGCACAAUAUAAUACUGAUUGAUCCACAAUCCGAGGAGAGGGAUUUACUUUAUUCAACCUUUCAUUUCAGCCGUCCUUUAUUUUAUUGAACUAAAACAAUGGCAGACACACAAGUUGACUCCGGCUCGGAUAUCUCCGCCAAGGACCUGAAAGAGAAGAAGCUGGUGGAGGAGAAGGAGAACGGAAAGGAUGCUGCCACCAACGGAAAGGAGAACGAGGAGAACGGCGAUCCCGAAGUAGACGAUGAAGAGGACGAGGAGGUGGACGAGGAGGACGAGGAGGAUGACGGAGAAGGCGAGGAGGAAGACGAGGAGGAAGACGAGGAUGAGAUCGAGGGCGGCACAAAACGGGCAGCUGAGGACGACGAUGACGACGACGAGGACGACGUCGAAACCAAGAGGCAGAAAACCGACGACGACGAUUGAUGCGUUUCCCCCCUGCGCCAUCCUGCUGAACCACUUCCUGAUUCUUCACCUCUGACCGCUUUCAUGUCACAGGUGGAGGGGCUGGAGGACUGAUUUAAAGGAAAAAAAAUAAUAAUAAAAAAAUUCAACAUGGUCAUUAGCAAGUAGAGUUCAACAAACAUCUACAACGUCCACACACACACACACACACACACACACUCGAUCUCCCCUCAAAACUGCAAAACAAAUUUUGUAGAGGAACUCGCCACCACAUCGACGCAGAAAUCCGGCUUCUCUUCAACACCACAAAAGGAGAAUUUGUUUGUAUUUUUAUUUACAUUUUAUAUUUUUGUACAUAUUGUUAGGAGGGGGUCAGUUUCUCUCCCGGCAGCGAUCUCGUCAGACCAAAUCGGUGCUUCUUUAACGAAAGAUUUUACUUGGUUGACCAUGUUCAGAUAUCAACAGAUACUAGGGAAAAAAACAUGUAAAAACAGUUUAAAAAAGACAAAAAAAACAAGCCGUUGAACUCAGAGCAUUCCAGUAAAUUUAAUGUAUGUACUUUAGCUGUACCAUAACUAGUUUGUUUGUAUGGGAGGGUAAGGCCAAAGAAAAGAGCCUCUUUUCUUUUCCUUUUUAUUUUUGGUUUUGUCAGCGACUUUUUGUUUUAUGACGGCCUGUUUUGAUGUAUGUGCGAAGUUUGUUGUUUGACAAUAAACCGGACUUUUAUUUUGUGAGUUGUA